GCAGCUUGCUGGACUUUGUGCAGCUGCCUGGGAGAGCGGAGCUGCAAGGAUGCUGCUGCCGAGAAGCGGGCGCGCGGGGCGGCGACUGCAGCUUUGGGCGACCCUCCUCUGUUUGCUGAGUUUGCUGUCCGGAGAAGGAGAAGCAGCAGAUAACGAUGACCUCCAGGACUCGCCGACGACGCCACAUGGACCUUUCCUUUCUUCUACUUCUUCAUGGAAAGGAUCAACAUCUACAGAAACCCUGAAGGCUACCAGUCCCAGUCCAAGCCCCAGCCCCAGCCCCAGCCCCAGCCCCAGCUUCACGUCCCAGAAAAGCAGCCUAGCUCCAGAGAGUACACAUUCAACCACACCUAACGCAGAAACCUCAAUGCCUAAAACUCAGAAUCCCAGAACUACUUCUGGAGUCAACCCAACUUCUGAAACUGUGAACUCCUCUACCCCAAGUGAGAGUCUUCCAGUCACCAUGGUGCCAAUAAACUUGACAACAGCCAAUUCAUCUUCUCCAGAGGAGACAGUAAUGACCAGCAUGCCUGAAACCACAUCAGGUCUCUCCAACAGUACCAACCUUUCAGCAUUGCCUACAGAAACGUUACUGACUGAUGUGGCCCCAGUUAUAAUUGAGAAACACAUCAAAUGCUUAAAAAUCAAACAAGUACAAGCAUCAAAGGGUAUCUGCUUGGAAUUGAAUGAGACCUACAGCUGUGAGGAUUUUAAAAGGGCUCAGGGAGACAACUUGACCAAGGUGGUAUGUGAUCCGAAGAUGGCAGAGUCAGACGCUGGGGCCCAAGGCUGCUCCCUCAUCCUGGCUCAAUCUGAAGUCAAGCCAAGCUGCAUGAUCUUGGUUCUGGAUUCCAAAGGUGACAUUUCCUACAUGCUCCAAACCAUGAAUAAGCAGAAGUCUCACCUGGAAAAGUUAGGGAUCCAGGACUUCCAGGAGGAAGACAUCCGGAAUCACCAAAACUAUUCCCGAAAAACGCUGAUUGCCCUGGUCACAUCGGGUCUCCUGUUGGCGGCUCUGGGCACGGCUGGCUACUUCCUCAUGAACCGUCGGAGCUGGAGCCCCGCAGGAGAGAGGCUGGGAGAAGACCACUAUUACACGGAGAACAGUGGAGGCCAGGGCUACAGUGCAGGCCCCGGUGCCAGCCCUGAUCCCCAGGAAAAGGCCAGUCAGAGCCGAGGGGCCCAAGAGAAUGGGACCAACCAGGCCACGUCCAGCAAUGGCCACUCAUCAAGACAGCAUGUGGUGGCUGAUACAGAACUGUGAUGAGACAGCAAAGGGCUUAACGAUGGUGGGGCCAGAGAAAAAAGCUUCCUCCAGGAGACUUCCCCACCCUCACCUCCCUACUGGCCAUGUAGCACCACCUCCCAAAUUGACCUUUCUCUUUGUCAUUGACCCUCUCUCUUAUUACACACACCUUUCUCAUGGCCCUUUGUUGGGUCGGGGGAAGGAAUUUCGCUUGUUACUAAAUGCCUGGGUCAAUGGUGCCUCUCUUUACUGCUCCAUGCAGAGUGCCUCCUGGGGGCCCUAACUCUUACCUUGAUCUAUUUGGGGUCAGAGCCCAUGUAUAUAGGCUCCAAAUAGAGACCAGGGCUCGUGGGCCAUGAGCCAGGCUCCGGACAAAUCUCUGUCCCUACUAGCCCAGAGAGUUACUUAAUCUCCGACACAUCGGUCUCUCUAUCCACUGCUAAUUCCUAGGAAGAGAAGAAAAGUUGGGGCUGUCAGCCCAUUAUUCAAGGGCUAUUUCAUCCAUUUCUUCCUUUCUCGUAAGGAAGUCACAUUAUCCACUUUCUGUCCUUCCUGCCUGUGUAUCAAAACUAAACGACUUGUUUUCCCCAAAUGCUUCCUUUUCUUCUCCUACAAAACAGAAUUGGCUGUCCCUGCCUUCUCUCUUAAGCCCAACAUAGCUCAGCCAGUCCCUUUGUAAGCAAAUGUGGCCCUCGUGCAGCUCUCUGUGAGACAGAGACUAGAACUAACCAGAUUCUUAAAAUUUAUUUUGUCAACUCUCCUGCAUUUGUAUGUCUAUAUUCUGAUGUGUGGAGAUGUAUCAAUGACAUCAAAUUGUACUCAGUCUUGGCCUCCUCUGAGGAAAGCAGGUCAGGGCAGGAGGAAUGGAGACCAUAAAUCUCUCCUUCCUGGGCACAGGAUGUUGGGUCAAGGGGUUCAGGCCUUUUGCCCAGUCCCAUUGCCUCUGGUUUCCCUGAGAAAGUGCCCAAACUAGGAAGGCAAGAUGGCAUUAUUUCUGGCUGGCUCAGCCUUGACCCCCCGACCUCCAAAACCUAGCUCCUCCAUUCCAGCCAAGGUCCUUUUCUCUAGCUCUCAGCAGUGUCUGUUUGUGCCAUCUCCUUAUAAACCUCACUCCCCCAGUUUCCCAUCCCUCUGCACCCCUUUCACACCCAGCCCUCCUUCGGUCACCACCAAGUCAGCCUCUUGGGAGAAAAAGAUAGACUAGCUUUGGAGAGGUAGGAAACAGGAGUCCCUGGGUUCAGCAGCCCUUAGGAGCAUCACUUUCCAGAGGCAGGGAAGGGGGUUGUAGUUUUGUUUGUUUUUUUUUUCCACCUUGAAAAGUUUGUAAAUACUGUAAUUAAAGUGAUAGUAAAACGGGUAUGUUUCUAUCA